AUGCCCUUCGGCCUUUGCAACGCCCCCUCGACGUUCCAGGCGCUGAUGAACGAGGUCCUCGGGGACCUCCUCGACGUCUUCGUCCUGGUCUACCUCGACGACAUCCUCAUCUUCAGCAAGAACCGCGAGGACCACGCGGGACACGUCCGCGCUGUCCUCGACCGACUGCGCGCCAAUCGGCUUUACUGCGCACCUGGCAAGUGCGAGUUCUUCCAGGAUGAGGUCGAGUUCCUCGGAUACCGCGUGUCCAACCGCGGUGUGACGAUGGACCCGAAGAAGGUUGAGGCGAUCACGGAAUGGCCCGAACCGCGGAGCAUCCACGACAUACAGGGCGCUAUCGAGCUCUCCGCGGAACAGCGCGACGCCUUCACUCGACUCAAGAAGGCAUUCACGACAGCGCCGGUGCUCCGGCACUUCGACCCGUCCCUCCCAACGGUGAUGGAGACGGAUGCCAGCGACUACGUUGUUGCCGGCGUGCUGUCGCAAUGGGUGCCGAACGCAGAAGAGCACGCCGCCUCUCCCCCGCGGGCGCGCACCCACACGCUGCACCCGAUCGCGUUCUGGUCGCGCCAGAUGGUCCCCGCGGAGCGCAACUACGAGAUCCACGACAAAGAACUCCUCGCCGUUGUCAAAGCCUGCGAGGAGUGGCGGCACUACCUCCACGGCAUCUCCGCUCCUUUCGAGAUCCUCACGGACCACCAAGCGCUGGAGUACUUCCAGACGAAACGGAACCUGACGCGUCGCCAGGCGCGCUGGGGCCUCUCCCUCGGAGAGUUCGACUUCCGGAUCACAUACCGCCCGGGCGUGGACGGUGGCAAGCCGGACGCGCUCACCCGACGCUCCGAUCUACACCCCAACGCUGGAAAGCACUACAGCGCCGCGGAGCCAGAUCCGGCCAACCACGCGGUGCUCCUCGACCGCGGCCUCUUUGCCAAGUCCAACCAGCUGUUGCCCGCAAGCGAGUUCCUCCAGGAUGUGAUCCGAGGGACGGCCUCCCUCGACCCGGGGAAGGCCGAGUCCCUCGGACUCUCCAAGAAGGCCGGUGUGUGGCUCACCGCGCAAGGGAAAUGGUACAUCCCGCCCGCGCUGGUGCCGCGACGUCAUACAACACGUGUCGACAUGCUCCGCGUGCGCUAG